GGCGGCGGCAGCGGUUGCCAGGUGCCGGCGUUGCCGCCUUGAGACCCGUAAUAUGGCGGGGAGGAGGAGGAGGAGACGGCGGCGGAGCGGGCUACGCUCUGCAGAUAUAGCCUAAUCCUUUUGUUUCCUCCUGAGGUCGUGGAAGGAGGGAAAGAAAGAGAGAGAACGAAGGAGCGCUGGGGGUUGCGGAAGAGAAGUAGCUUAAUUGCGUGAUAAUGGAGGAAUAUGAGAAGUUUUGUGAGAAAAGCCUCACCAGAAUCCAGGGAGAGUCACUAUCUGGAGAAACUUUUCCACCUAGUCAACCUGAGAAUAUUUCACUCAUUCGUUUCCAUGGAGUUGCUGUGCUUUCUCCAUUGCUCAAUGUUGAGAGAAGAAAAGAAAUGCAGCAAGAGAAGCAGAAAGCACUUGACAUAGAAGCACGCAAACAGAUUAGUAGGAAGAAAGCCUUACUGAAUCGUGUCCAGGAGAUUCUGGAAAAUGUUCAGGUCAGAAAAGCACCAAAUAUAAGUGAUUUUGAUCGGUGGGAACCUGAAGAAGUUUACCUUAAUUCAGAAGUUAGAGACUUGGAUGAUCCCACUAUACUUCCAAACAAUAGUUUGCCAAGUCUUCCUGAAGAGUCUGCCUCAAAAAAGGUUGAAGAGACUAUUGAAAUUUUGCCUUCUGAUACCACCGCUCAAGUAAAAUUGAAUGGGACAGAGUCAGAUCAAGGUAUAGGAACUUGCAUUUCUGUCAAACAAAGUGACAGCCCUAAUCCUAAUUUGUUGGAAAAUGAAAAUUCUACAGAGACAUCUUCAGAUACCUCACAGAAGACUCUGAUUGUAGAUGAGAUCCCCAAAAGAGAAGGAGAAUUGGAGCCCUCCCUGGUCGAGGAAGCCCCCUCAGAUCCUUAUAUGAUGAGCCUUCAGAAUCUUAUGAAAAAGUCAAAGGAAUAUAUAGAACGAGAACAAACUCGUCGCAGCAUGAGAAAUAACUCAAAGAAUUGCAGUUCUGAGAGCCACUCGGACAAAGAGAAUGACGCUGUUAAGAUGAGCCACUCUGGGAAAGAGAAUACAAGGUUUAUAAGCAAAAGUUGUAGUUCAGUUUCCCUUGAUAAACCAAGCCUUAAUCAAUCAAACAUUCUUCUCCAAAGUGCUACCACCCAGAUGAGCAACAUGAGCGCUUUAGCUUUGGUAAGCUUCUCCAAAGCAGACAUACCUGUGCGAAUGGGCACGCCAACUCUUUUGGAUUCGGAUGAAGAUGAAGAUUUUAAAAUCACUUCCAAAUAUGAUCCUGAAAGUAGUGUGGUCAAAAGUUUUACAGGUUCCUAUGCCAAGUUACCUAGUCCAGAGCCAAGUGUGAGUCCUAAAAUGCAUCGGAGACGACCUAAGUCUUCAUCAACAGGUCACAUACUUAUAAAUAACCCAGUCAAUGCCUAUGAAUUGAGUCCCAAGGAAAAAGGAAGGGCUGUGGAUUUAAUCAUACAAGAUGUCAAUGAAAAAACAGAUAUACCUGAGUCUGUGCCAAAAUUCCCUAUUGAUUUAACUGAAGCUUGUUCUAGCAAAGUUCAUGUUGUCAGCAAAAAUGUGUCUGAAACUGGAGGUGAAGAAUCAGUCUUAGGUAAAUCAAAUGAAAUAUGUCAACAUUCAAUCAGCCAAUUAGAAAACAAAGUCAUUCAUGUAACUGCUACAAUGGAGGGUCAAAUAACAUCUAAUGAGAGAGAGUCACAUAAAACAGACAAUAAUUGUACUAUAGUUCCAAAAUUGCACGAGCCAUAUGCAACAAGUCAGUGUAUAGCAAGUCAAACGUGUGGAAUAAUGAAUGUAAUUAAGCCAACUCAUGUGUUAGAAAAAAACUAUAAUUCACAAGUGGAACUGAAUAAAUCUUACGAUGUACAAAACCCAUCCCCACUACUGAUGCAAUGCCAGAAUAAAAGACAGCAGAUGGAUACACCGAAUGGGUCCUGUGGAAAUGACCAGUUUGUGGAAAACAGUUUCGAGAAGGUUAAGCGGAGACUUGAUUUGGAUGUUGACGGCUUGCAAAAAGAAAACAGCCCUUAUAUCCUAACAGGGACAGUGGAACGGGAAAGACGACGGAUACAGGAAAAAAGAUUUCCCAAGGGAUGUGUCUACAUGAACAAGAAUGAGAUGUUAGAAAUUAGUUCCAGAGAAGGAGAAGAGAUGCUAAAAAAUAAGAUGUUGGCAUUUGAAGAAAUGAGAAAGAGACUCGAAGAACAGCAUGCUCAGCAGUUAUCAAUACUUAUAGCUGAGCAGGAGAAAGAACAAGAGAAAUUACAAAAGGAAAUAGAAGAACAGGAGAGAAUAUUAAAAGAGAAGAAGGAAAUUACAGCAGAAAAACCUGAAGUGAACCUUAAUAAUGCAGUGGAAUCAGAAUGGAGAAAAAUAAGUGACAGUGGCUUACUAGAAACAAUGCUAUCACAAGUGGACACUCUCCAUAUUGCAAAUUCAAAUAGUUCUGGUUUUACAAAUUCUACCCUACAACAUAGCUUUGGUUCUACAAGUGAAGUACCAUUCUACCUCUGGGGAUCAUCAACGAGUGCUUUGCCCAAAAUCCCAGUAACAAGGCCUCUUGGAAGGGGCAAACCUAGAUGGUCUCAGGUUUUUAGUCUAGAAGUACAAGCAAAAUUUGACAAAAUAACUGCAGUGGCAAAAGGAUUUCUUACUCGUCGGCUGCUACAGACAGAAAAAGUGAAACAUCUCCGGCAAACAGUAAAAGAUACUAUGGAAUUCAUAAGAAGUUUUCAAUCAGAAGCUCCAUUAAAAAGAGGUUCGGUUUCAGCACAAGAUGCUUCUCUCCAAGAAAGAGUAUUAGCUCAGCUUCGAGCUGCCUUAUUUGAUAUUCAUGAUAUAUUCUUCAUAAUGGAUGCAACAGAAAGAAUGUCCAUUUUACAUCACGAUCGAGAAGUGCGUAAAGAGAAAAUGCUUAGACAAAUGGAUAAAAUGAAGAACCCACGAGCAUCUCUUUCAGCUGCAACACAGAAAUCUCUGGAUAGGAAGAAGUACAUGAAGGCUGCUGAAAUGGGAAUGCCAAAUAAGAAAAUUCUUAUACGACAAAAGCCUUCUGAAACAAGAGUACUUCAGCCAAGUCAAGGACAGAAUGCCCCUAUUCAUAGGCCGCUUUGUAGACAAGGAACCCCUAAGACAUCAGUGAAGGGGGUUGAGCAAAAUAGAGAGAAGUCCUCAGACAGCAGAAUGCCUAACAGAGUGCGUGCUUCAGGUGUGUAGAAAAUGAGUUUCUGAAUCUCAUGUAAUUGAAAAAAGAGCAUAUGCAGGAAAAACCCAAAGAAAGCAGCCAAAUGUUGCGACAAUUUAAGAAGACAGCAUUCAUUAGGAUAAAACAAUGUGGUUGUGUUCAUGUACUUUUCCCAGCCCAAGAAAGUCAAGUGGAAGGUUGAGGAUUAUUCAAUAAUGUAGAGGAAUCCUACUCUAAAUCCACUUUUUCAGUAAUAAUAGGUUUAGGUAGGGACAGACAGUACAGAAAAAAAUAUUUCAAGUCUGCUUUAACUAUGUAGUCAGAAUUUUGCUGUUUAUGUGUAUAAGCUUGCAAAAGAUGUAUAUUUUCCAGAUUUUAAGGACAUUUGAACUGUUUUUGUGGAAAAUUAAAAAGAUGUGGCAAAAUUUUCAUCAGUCCUGGAAACACACACAUUUUACUUAUAAGAAACUUAUGUGUACUAUUGUAUUUGGUAAACAGAUUUCAUGAUACCUUGUUCCAGGGGAGAAUAGUGUAGAAACAUAUUUUGUUGUGGUUUUUUUUUAAUUUUUAAAAACAAUUUUCAUUAGACCCUCAGUGGAGUUGAGUCCCAAUUUGUAAAUAUUAACAUGGACUAAGGUAUUUACAUAAAUAAACUAAAACUAUGGUUUAGGGAGCAUUAAUUGGGUAAAAAUUAACAUAGAAUGAAAGUUUGGGAUAUCAUUUUUUGUCACAUUGACUAAUUUUUAUUCUUCUGGAUACCUGUAUGCUAACAACAGAUAUAUUAAAUCCCCAUAUAUGUUACUAAUACUUGUUAAAGCAAUUUCAUAGGAUUGUCACUUCCCCAUAUGGAGCAAGAAUUUUUUGAGAAGACAGCACAAUCUUCUUGAAUAUAUCAUAUUUAGGAAUGUACUAAAUCCACUAUAGUUUAAAAAACAAGUUAUUGCAUGCAAUUAUAUUUUCUUUUUGAGUAUAACAGGUUUUUUUCAGCAGUCUUUCUCCUUUAUGACAUUCUGCUUUUUCUAGGAUGCUAAAUUUUGGAGAGAAUAAAGGGCUGUAUUUAAGAAAUCCAAAUUUUCAAAUAAGGGUUGAUUUUUAAUGUGUGAAUGAAUAUAUACGUGCAUAUAUGUAUGUAUUUAUACACAUACAACACACAGUAUCCACACAGAUAAUGGUGUGUUUUUAUAUACACAUACAAUUGAAAUUUAAACAUUACCCAGAAUAACAGGAGCCAAGAAAACUCAAUUUUUUAAAAAGACAAUUUCAUUUCUUCUUUAUCAAGACAUUUUGGAAUCUUAAGGAAAAGGCUUUAUGCUUCUCUCAUAUGUAAAUGUGGACCAUUAAUCUUUCAAACUAGAAUUUUAAAGAGAGAUAAUGUUGAAUUUUAGAGAGAAUACUGGUAAUUUUGUAAAGCAGAGUCUACUUAAGUGAAGGCUGGUUUUCUCCAAUUUUCUGCUCCAUUUAAAAAUCACUUUUUGCCUCCAACUACAGACCGAAAACAAUUACUCUGGGAAUAAACUUGAUUAUCAUUCUUGGAAUUUUUACAUAAUUUAUUGCCUGAGUGAACCAGGAAAUUAUAGGAGAGCCAGCAAAAUGCCCUAAUUAGAUUUCUUAUUAAUAAGUGAAACAUAUCAAAUUGUUUACUAUUUAAAUACGAUAAACCUUGUUUUAUAAAAAUCAAAACCUCAGGAUAUUUGCUUACUUAUCACUGUAGGUCUCUCCAUUGAUAAAGAUGGAUCCAUUGUUUUGUGUGUGGCAGUGCUGGUUAGCAAGAUAAGCAAUAUGUUUUAGAAAAACCUAAGUUGUCUUAGAAUAAAGUUGAAAAUCUUGAUUAUCUUUUAAUUUUAAUUUUAAAAAGUUUGUGUGUUACAUUACUGUCAUCUACAAAUUUUAUGUUCCAUGGAUUUUUCUCUUAAAAUGUGCCAGAUACCUUUUUGUGCUUUGGAUGGAUUUUUAUUUAUGUAUACUAUUUUGUAUUCAGUUGUUGUUUGUUUUUUAUUUUGAGUGGAGUGCCCAUUGAUUUAAAUUAUAUUUAUUUUUGUACUUACUGUAAUUUCCACCAGCUUUGCUUCUAGGCAGGCAGCAAAAUAAACUUU